AACGCUACGCUUGAUCGGGCGCUCAGUUUGAUUUCGCACAAAGGAGCUUCGCGUUGUCCCUAAUGAUGUCACUGUGUUCCCGAGCCUAUUUGUAUUCCUCUGUUUUAUCUUGAAAGAGGCAGGCGUUCGGUAAUGGGGGAACAUAACAGAUGUAAACGAAAACUGUUUGUUUAAAAAGCCUACGAGACAGUCGCUUUGACACGGUUUCCUUUUUCGUUAAAACCUGCGCACGAGUAGAUAAAGGAAGAUCAACUGCUGUCUAUGAUGUACCGGUUAAAUGUGACGAGUAUGAGUUAGCAGUCACGACUUCGUAUCCGAUGACUCACGAGAGAAGUUGUCUUCAGACGUUCAAGUGGAACCGAAUUAUAAUAUUUUAUGCUGGUUUAACCCCCUCUUUUUUCAUCACAUCAUUGUUAAUUCCUUUGGCAAUUUCACGGUGGAUUGGAGCAAAUGCCCUAUAAAAUUAAAAUCAUCCAUCUCUAUGUGCAGAGUAAACCAUGCGCUCCGCACAAAAAGGACUCCUCUUUUUAGAAUUCGAAUUGUCGUAAAAAGCAACAGCGGAUUUAUCUUCUUUUAUAUUUGGACAAGCCCUUCCACUUUUAAUUUAGAUGGGAAAACUGUCAAAUAAGGCGCUGUCGCUGUGAAAGUGGACAUUACCACACACCUCCUGAUACCUUUGCAAGGUGCUCUUGCGAUGUGCUCUGAAUAAUCUAACGACUGGGUGUCCAAAACAGAGCGACGCACGGAGCCCCUCUCGUCUCCGUCGAGCUCGUUCUCUCUCGCACACACACACACACACACACACACACACAGCAGCUGAAAUGCUCCACGGCUGAUGAGUAUUCGCCUCGUCCAUACCUGUGGCAAUCUGGACACGGGAGAACAAAACAAAACAAAACAAAAAAGGGCUGGGAGCCUUUUAGUGGUGCCUGAGGAAGAGAGAUCCAUCAGAUCCUGAAUGCCAACUGUUUCGUUUCGGCACCGCUGGCCAGGACAGCUUUCUUCAAUCAGGAGGAAGGAAGUCAGCCACGAGAUCAGCAGCCGCGCCGGCUGGACAGCUCCAGCUCGUCUCGCACUCAAGUCGGGGCAGGAGCACCAAGACGCGUCUGGGAAACGUCGCCUCCAAUUGUGACAGCGAUUUCUGUGUCUGCCAUUCCGAUGGGAGCUGCGUAUUUGUCCUUAUAAGCUGUCCCAAUGGCAUCGCAGGGUUUUUGGCCGUUUGGAGCCGAAGAUGGGGGGGAUAAUAGUAACCAAAACCCCAGUGCACCAAGAGCAUGGUGUCAGGCUGCUCAGAAAUUCACAGGAGGACUGGGAUCCAAACUUUGUGCUCUCCUUUCUGUCGGCGAAGGCGAAAAAACGGGCAGUCCGGCAAGAAAACAACAAGAGGCAGGUGUAGAGAGCUGCGGGUGCAACAAGCCGUGCGGCUGCUACAAGUCCAACAUCGACUUCUCGGUGCUCUACUCAACAGAUCUGUUACCUGCAAGUGAAGGUGAAGUAGCGACGCUCUCCUUCCUUCAAGAGGUUGUGGACAUUUUGCUUCCUUACAUUGUGCAAACAUUUGAUAGAUCGACGAAGGUUAUCGAUUUUCGCUAUCCAAAUGAGCUGCUACAGGAGAACAACUGGGAGCUUUCUGAUAAUCCGGAAACACUUGAAGAUAUUUUAUUAAACUGCAGGACAUCACUGAAAUAUGCCAUAAAAACAGGCCAUCCUAGAUAUUUCAAUCAGCUCUCGACAGGAUUAGAUAUGGUUGGCUUAGCAGCGGACUGGCUGACAUCUACUGCUAAUACUAACAUGUUCACUUAUGAAAUUGCCCCGGUUUUUGUCCUGCUGGAACAUGUCACUUUGAAAAAAAUGAGAGAAAUCAUUGGCUGGCCUGAUGGAAAAGGGGAUGGAAUAUUCUCACCAGGUGGUUCCAUAUCUAAUAUGUAUGCCAUGCUGGUUGCCCGAUACAAGAUGUUUCCCGAAGUGAAGGAGAAGGGGAUGUCAGCAGUGCCCAGGCUGAUUGCGUUCACUUCUGAACACAGUCACUUUUCCAUUAAAAAGGGGGCUGCAGCAUUGGGAAUCGGUACAGACAGUGUUGUUUUAGUCAAGGUCGAUGAGAGAGGUAAAAUGAUCCCAUCUGAUCUGGAACGAAGAAUCAUUGAAGCCAAACAAAAGGGUUAUGUGCCAUUUUUUGUGAGUGCUACAGCUGGCACCACCGUGUAUGGCGCGUUUGAUCCCCUCAUAGCCAUCGCAGAUGUGUGCAGGAAGUACAAGAUUUGGAUGCAUGUUGACGGAGCCUGGGGUGGAAGCCUCAUCAUGUCCAGGAAGCACAGGUGGAAGUUAAAUGGGAUUGACAGGGCCAAUUCUGUCACUUGGAACCCACACAAGAUGAUGUCUGUCCCACUGCAGUGCUCUGCUCUACUGAUCAGAGAAGAGGGAUUGAUGCAAAAAUGCAAUCAGAUGCAUGCCUGCUACCUCUUCCAGCAAGAUAAGCACUAUGACCUCUCAUAUGACACUGGAGACAAAGCUCUUCAGUGCGGCCGCCAUGUUGACAUUUUUAAACUGUGGCUGAUGUGGAGAGCAAAGGGUACCAUAGGAUUUGAAGCUCAAAUUGACAAAUGCUUAGAACUUUCGGAAUACCUGUACAAUAAAAUCAAGAACCGAGAAGGCUAUGAGAUGAUAUUUGACGGCAAACCUCAGCAUACCAACGUGUGUUUCUGGUAUAUCCCACCGAGUCUUCGGUAUGUGGAAGAUAAAGAUGAGAGAAUGAAACGAUUGCAUAAGGUAGCUCCAGUGAUCAAGGCAAGGAUGAUGGAGUAUGGGACCACGAUGGUAAGUUACCAGCCACAGGGGGACAAGGUGAAUUUUUUCCGCAUGGUCAUCUCAAACCCCGCAGCAAGCUUUGAAGACAUUGAUUUUCUCAUUGAAGAAAUAGAGCGGCUUGGACAAGAUUUAUAACUCUGCAUAUUCCAAAUUGUUUGGUAGCCAAAUGAGAUGCUUGUGCUGAAUGUAACUGUAUUUCUUUCCUCAAUUUAUUCCUUCAGAAUUAUCUAUUUCUGUAAUGUGGUGUAGACGUAAACAAAAAAACGUGAACAACAUUUGAUCUGUUUAAAUGUUUUAUACGUAAUCCAGAAACCUGCAUAAUAUCCAGUGAAACAAUGACCAAGUUGACAUCAUUUCAUUUGAGGAAGCUUAUUUGCUCAGAGCAUGGUAAAUGCGGCUGAACGUGGAAAAUGUUGAAGGUAGGCAAGCUCCUCCUGAAAUUCCUAUCAAAUGCUUACGUACUCCUCGAGCAUUUUUGAAUUAUGAAGUAUGACAAUCCCUGCUGAGAAUGCUGGAUAAUCUUAAAAAGCACCAGAAUGCAAGCAAACCGAGGCUGACGUUUUCACUUCCUGAUUUUGGAAUGUCACAGAAGAGAAACGCUAAACUGCAAUUGAGCAGCCAUCUUGUUGUAAUUAGCCCAAUCUCUUGAUAUAAGGUUGUAUUUGUUGACGUUAUUUGAUCCAAUUAUGUGACUCCACAAAGUGCAGAUAAACUUACUUACAUGUUCAGGAAGUCAGCAGAAGUAUGAAGCACAAACCAUUUUUAUUGUUGAUUUCAUGCACAAAACAAGGAAAAUUGCAGGCUCUAUUACCAGAAUCUAAUUUAACCAAGGGGUGGAGUGUAUAUGCAUCUCAUAAAUAGCCCAACUACAUAGAAUUCUGAGUUGAAUUUGAUUGUAUUCUUUCAACAGUUCAAGUCAAAAAUGUUAAAGAGUCCAGUUAAUUCACAAAUACCUGUUUUAUUCAGCACAUUUUCAACCUCACAAUCCAAUUCAGUUGUUGAGGGAAGCCCGGUAUACAACUCUGAACAAAGGACUCCAGGGACAUAGAUUUGAAUUAAUGGAUUGAGUAAAAUGGUUUCCGCUCUCAGCCUCUCCUUAUCUGUCAAAUUGGGUUCAGACUUUACUAUGCACACCCAUGUCAGGUUAUUGCAUCCUUCACUGUGGCUGCUCCAUUUCAGGCUGUGGUCCCACUGAAGUCAAACAAUUUUUAUAUGGCCCACCAUAUACUAAUCAAUUAGUGCAUAUGCAAUUGGCUGGUUUUACAGCUUAUUAUUAUAAUAAGCUGUUAAGGUUUAUUUGGCAUGUGUCUUUCCCCACAGUUACUUAAAAAUAUUAUAUAUAUAUAUAUAUA